AGCAGGGCUGGCGUGAUGCAGCGGCGGACGGUGCUGGCCAUUCUGCUGGUGGUCCUCACCUACCUGGUGGUGGGGGCGGCGCUGUUCCGUCUGCUCGAGCAGCCCUUCGAGCGGGAGCAGUGGGCGCGGGCGGCCGGGGCGCGGGAGAUGUUCCUGCGGGAGCACCGCUGCGUGGACGCGGCUCAGCUCGACCUGCUGCUGGAGCAAGUGCUGAUGUCGCUCGACGCGGGCAUCGACCCCAUCGCCAACUCCACUGACCUCACCAGCAACUGGGACCUCAGCAGUGCCUUCUUCUUCGCUGGGACAGUCAUCACCACCAUCGGAUUCGGGAACAUCUCCCCGAAGACGGACGAGGGCAGGAUGCUGUGCAUCGUCUACGCGCUGGUGGGAAUCCCGAUGUUCGGCUCCCUCCUGGCCGGAGUGGGCGACCAGCUGGGAUCCGCCCUCGGGCAGCUGAUCGGAAAAGUGGAGGAGAUCUUCCUGAAGUGGGAGGUCAGCCCGACGGCCAUCCGCGUCCUCUCCACCCUCCUCUUCAUCCUCAUCGGCUGCCUGCUCUUCGUCUCCACCCCGGUCCUCAUCUUCCAGUGGGUGGAGGGCUGGACCACGCUGGAGUCCGUCUACUUUGUGGUCGUCACCCUGACAACCAUAGGGUUCGGGGAUUACGUCGCAGGCGGGGAUGCCCGGCGGGGUUACAAGGCCUGGUACAAACCCCUGGUCUGGUUCUGGAUCGUCCUGGGCCUCGCCUACUUCGCCGCCAUUCUGUCGAUGAUAGGGGACUGGCUCCGGGUGCUGUCCAGGAGGACCCGCGAGGAGGUCAGCGGAUUCACGGCGCACGCUGCCCACUGGACCGCCAACAUCGCCACCGAUAUCAAGACCUCCCACUGGGACCGCCUGCCCCCCCGGGAGGUCCCGCUGGGGCAGGAGGCUGUCCCCGAGAGCGAGGGGGCGGGAGCGAGAUCGCCAUCCUCACCGUCGCGCGCCGACUCCCCCCGCCCCGAUUGCUCGCAGCCCAUCGACUUCCUGGCAGAGAACCUGCUCUUCAUCGACACUGAGGACUCGGAGCGCAGCCCCUCGCCCCUGGCCUGGGCCCGGGGCAGGAUGCGGACUGGCAACAGCCCCCACCCUGCCCGGUCCAGGCCCCUGCUGGAGCCCUCUCUUAGGGCAAAGGACGGGGGCGAGAGCGGGUGA